AUGCCGCCCAAAGCUGACUGGGAGAAGUUCCUUGACGACAGCGACAUUCAAAUCCUUAAAACAUAUGGACAAGGACCAUAUGCUACAAGGUUGAAGAAAGUCGAACAGGAUAUCAAAGAGGCGCAGAAACGGGUGAAUGACAAGCUCGGCAUCAAGGAGUCCGACACCGGUCUCGCACCACCAAAUCUCUGGGAUCUUCCUGUCGAUCGUCAGCGUAUGGGCGAGGAACAUCCAUUGCAAGUCGCCCGCUGCACCAAGAUUAUCCCCAUAGACCCUGAGGCGGCAGCAGCAGCUCGGGCCGUGAACCCAGUAGGCGCUGUUCAGGGUCAGAAGGGUGCCGACGAGCAAGACAAGUAUGUCAUCAACAUCAAGCAGAUUGCCAAGUUCGUCGUGGGUCUUGGUGAUCGGGUAGCACCGACGGACAUUGAGGAGGGCAUGCGGGUCGGAGUGGACCGAAACAAGUACCAGAUCCAAAUCCCUCUGCCUCCGAAGAUCGACGCGUCAGUUACGAUGAUGCAGGUGGAGGAGAAGCCAGACGUAACAUAUGCAGACGUUGGUGGAUGCAAAGAGCAGAUCGAGAAGCUUCGUGAGGUCGUGGAGACACCGCUGCUGUCUCCCGAACGUUUCGUCAACCUCGGUAUCGACCCACCGAAAGGUGUGCUCCUUUUCGGGCCUCCAGGCACGGGGAAGACACUUUGCGCCCGUGCUGUUGCCAACCGAACAGACGCCACAUUCAUUCGUGUUAUUGGUUCCGAACUCGUGCAGAAGUAUGUUGGCGAGGGUGCGCGGAUGGUGCGAGAGUUGUUCGAGAUGGCGCGGAGCAAGAAGGCAUGCAUUAUUUUCUUCGAUGAAGUUGAUGCAAUUGGCGGUGCGAGGUUCGACGACGGCGCCGGUGGUGAUAAUGAGGUCCAGCGGACCAUGUUGGAGCUCAUCAACCAGCUGGAUGGUUUUGACCCACGAGGAAACAUCAAGGUGCUCAUGGCUACGAAUCGACCUGAUACUCUCGACCCUGCACUGCUGCGUCCCGGUCGGUUAGACAGACGGGUUGAGUUCUCAUUGCCAGAUGCCGAGGGUCGCACACAUAUCCUCAAGAUACACGCACGAAGUAUGAGUUGCGAACGCGACAUUCGGUUCGAGCUGAUUGCUCGGCUAUGUCCGAAUACCACUGGUGCCGAGCUGCAUUCAGUCGCAACAGAAGCAGGCAUGUUCGCAAUUCGCGCAAGGCGGAAGGUCGCGACGGAGCGUGACUUCUUGGAUGCUGUGGAGAAGGUCGUCCGGCAAGGGACCAAAUUCUCCAGCACCUGGCGACGAGCACUGCACACCCGACCAGCCACCCAUGGCGCAGACACCGAGCUGUCCGUCGCAGAGCUUUCGAAGCUGAUCGAGGAGCAUGCAAAGCAGCCUCCUCAGCCGCUCACUCUCUCGACCCUCCUCUCGUUCGCAUCACCCGUCACGCCUGAGUCCGUCCUUGCCUCAGUCGGCUAUGUCUUCACUGAGAUUCCACGCCGGCUCGCGAUGCGCGCGCACUCAUUGGAGGCGCUGCCGUUUAUCGUCGGCAUGAACCCGUUUAUUGCUCGAACGCUCCAGUCGUAUCGCAAGAGCUUCAGAUUCCUGACGAGCCAUCCGCCGGUGAAGACGCUGGAGGAGAACAAGCUAUUCACUGCGCAACUGGAGGCCUUUGUACGGAGUCAUGCAAAUGACAUACCCACCAUGGCGCGAGGCUUCCAAGAAUGCGCCCGUUACAUGACCCCUGAGCAAAUCAGCUCCUUCCUCGAUGAGGCAAUCCAUAACCGCAUCUCCGUUCGUCUCAUCGCGGAGCAGCAUAUCGCAGUUUCCCGUGCACUCGAGGAGAAAGCUAUGACCAAGGACCAUCUUGGCAUCGUCAAUACGGGAUGCUCUCCAAGAGAGAUGAUACGCAUGUGCGGUUCGUGGGUGAGCGAUCUCUGCGAAGCGACGUUGGGUAAACAUCCGGAAAUUGUGAUUGAUGGCGAGGUGGAUGCUACCUUCGCAUACGUACCUGUCCAUCUCGAGUAUAUCCUCACCGAGAUACUCAAGAACGCUUACCGGGCGACCGUCGAGCGGCAUGCCAAGCAACGCUCACCCUCCAAUCCCUCUCCAGUCCCCCCCGUGAUCAUCACCAUCUCCCCUCCCCCUUCUACAUCUCACCCACGAACGCGCUUCCUGUCCAUGCGCAUCCGGGACCAAGGUGGAGGAGUCCCACCUGCACACCUCGCACAGAUUUUCUCCUACUCCUUCACUACUGCCGGACGUUCCGCCGGGUCCAGCGGUAGCGGGUGGGACGAUGCAGAACUCGGCGGCGGGCCUUACGCUGCUCAAUAUGUCGGUGGGAGCGCAGUUGUGGAUGGCACGGGCUCGAUGAAUGGGGGACUGUUUUCCGAGAUGGCAGGCAGAGGCGUCCAGAUGGGCAUGGGUACUAUUGCUGGGCUUGGUUAUGGACUGCCCAUGAGCCGGUUAUACGCGAGGUAUUUCGGUGGCUCCCUUGACUUUGUUUCUCUGGAUGGAUGGGGGAGCGAUGUCUUCCUCAAGCUAAGAUGUCUCGAUGAUGCUGGGGAUGCAGAGAUUUGA